AUGCCUCUGCAGGAAGAGCAUUCCAGUCUCAUCAAGAGGUCGAGAGAUUCGUGCGAGAUAUGUAAGGAGUAUUCGUCGCUGGGGAGACUGAGCAGCUAUGAAAGAUUAGGAAACUUGGACAUUCAAAAAUACCACAAAAUAUACACGGGAGCAGACUAUGAAAGAUCCUUGAAUGAAGCUCUAAAAGAACACAUGAAAGAUUACUACCCAGAUGUCAACACCAGGGCGUACUCCCUACCCGAGGGAUACAUCUUGCGCAAUCGUGACUUCAAGGAGCUAAAAGAAGAGGCAAAGAAAAGUGGAGAGGACGACGUGGACCUGCCCGCAAAUUACCUCGCCGUCGCCAGGGUGUUCGACGAAGUGAAGUAUGCAUGGAAGGAUGUGCCAUCCCUCACGAUCGCGGAUUAUGCCUUCACGGACACCUUGUUCAAGGUUGGCGAUGCAAUGCAGAGGAAGAAAUUCAUAGAGGCGUAUGGAGUCUCGUCAGAAAAUAUGAAAUCUGGGGAUCACGAUGUUUUUGGCUUUGGACUAUCCGGUCGGCAUAUCGUUGGAUUAUUCUUUCAGGUCAAGGGAACGAAACCAGAUGCGAACAAGAAAACGGUGUGGAAGGAUUUCAAGAUUGCCACCAAGCAAGUCCACAAAGACAUAGACGUUUUCCGGAGAAUUUGCUGUAAAUUCAUCACUGCGGACGUGAAAUUGGCGGGUUUCCCCGCCUUCCCCAUGUUUUCCAAGUCAGACUUAGAGAAAGCAAUUGAGUGUGAGGGAUGCAGGGCAAGAAUCCUCAUUUCAGAUCCAUACGAUGCAAAAUAUUUCACGACAUUUCUAAAAAGACAUGGGAUUGAGUUAAAACCCUGGGAUAAGGAUCCCAAUUCUCCCAUCAUGAAUAUCUACAAGAGCAUCUUUGAACUCUACGUCUGUGCUGCAUCAGCUGUGAAAAUGCCGCGCAACCUCAUUCAGCUAUUCAAAAAGUCCGACGAGCAAAUGAAGGAAAUGCUGAUGAUUUUAACCCCACAUCAACGGAAAUUAGUGACGAGUAUUGAUAAGGUCAUUUACUUGUGUGGCACCUCAGGAACUGGAAAGACUUUUGUCCUCAAGAAAAGAGCCGACACGAAGGAAGGCAAAGUGUUGAUGAUUAAUAUGGCUGGAGGGCUCCUGACCUCAGAAUUCCAACAUCAUUUCGAAGAAAAUGAGGAGGUUGAAGUCAUUGAUGGAAGAAAAGAGGGCUUGGAGGAGAACCUUCAGAGGCUAAAAAAAUUCUUGCAGGAGAAUGGGAAAGGGAAGCACGUCCUCAUUGAUGAAGUGUCUUUCACGUUAGGAUUCCAGGACGUCAUCACCACAGAGGCCCUUUCAAACCACUGGGAGUGGGUUGCAGACAUGGAAGAUCAAGUGGAGUCGAUCACUGUCUCUUUUCGACCCAAUGACCAGUCCUAUACGAGAGACUUCUCACUCCAGGAUGUGAAGCCCGGAGGGUUCCAGGUCGAAAUCCUCGAGAGAGUGAAGAGGAAUACCAGGAAAGUGGCUGAACUGUUCCUGGCCAUUGGAGAUUACUCCCGCCGGAUCUUCACAUCCUUUGAGAAGACGCAUCGAAUGGAUUUAGAGGAGUCCAAGUCGGGAUUCCUUCCAAAAUUAUUUUUAAUCCCCUCAUGCUUUUCCCUUCAUCCAGACAGAUGCAGAGACGAAAUACUCUGCGAGGCCGUGAGGACCUUUCACGCCAUUCAUGCAAUAUAUGAUGAGUGCUCUCCGUCAUCGCCGAAGAUGCCACUCUACGUCGUUGUCGAUGAUGCUAAGAGAAGGAAUGUUUUUGUGAACGCAGUUGCGUCCCUCGACCCAUCCUUCCCUGUGAUCUUCCACCACAGGAAUGGGGAAUUCCGUAGGAAGCGUCCCCCCGCACUUCAAAGGUUGAAAGAAUUGUUUUUUGGGAAGCGGACCCGAAAGAACGUCCCUCUUGUCGUCGUCACCGAGGAGGAAAUGAUUGGAUGUCACCCGAAGAAUGUGACGGUGGUCCUCGAUCUCCCUCGCUCGAAAUGGAUUAACUAUAGCCGAUUGAUAGCAACCACUGGGGAAAAUAAGUUCCUCGUGAUCGAAAAAGAAGAAGAGAGAACUGGGAAGUUUUCGCGAAUCACUGAGGAAAUCCGUGGAUGGGAUAUCAAGGAGAGCAAGAUCUCUGUGGCAGAUCUGAAUAGAACACUGGAAAAGUUUAGGAAAAAGUACAAGAGCCAAGACAUCGUCAACUUGGAGGAAGACGUUUGCCCUAUCGUGUCUUUCCCCGGAAUGGAGAUGGAUUGGGAUGAGGGGGAAGGCGAGGACGAGGACGAGAAGGAGAUGCUUGAAUUUCGCCUCAGAGGGAUGUUCGGGCCCCCAGCAUCUGGGAAAUCCAGGAAAAUAGAUCUGUUGAUGAGACAAUUGCUGGAGCGCGGGUACCAAGUCCAUCUUCUCCAUCCCGGAAGUGCUUUGUCUCGGGAAGUCUACCGACAACGCUGGAAGCAUAAGCCGAAUAUGUACAUUGAAGACAUCGAUGCAAGCAAAAUCAAAUCUCUCUUGCCCAUCAUGGAACAUGUGCAGAAUGCAGGGAAGGCAGCUCGGAUGAAGAAGGAGGAGCAAGAAGGGAAGGAUGAAGCAGAUUCCCUCAUCGUGGUGGUGGAAGACUGUCCAUUGUUGAACGAACUUCAAAGGAUUAAGGAGAGACUGAAACAAUUGAGGGAAAGGAAAAUGAAGGUGAUUCUUGCCUUCAAACCUCACUCGGAAGACGGCCAAUUGGACGAUAUUAAGAGAGCUGUUGAAGUCUUUAAAGACAGCCCAGACAGCACCGCAAUCGUACUUUCAUCGCAACCAACCAAUGUGGAUCUCCUUAGGCACAUCCAGAGAAACGAGGCUGGAAUCGCCCUGAAAUUAGAAGCGAGGAGUCUGGCCGUCUCUUCCUUGCCCGCAGCAAUCGUACCCGGUCAACCAGUGCGAUUCUUCAAGUGUUCAGGACGCCAUUUGGGAUACAUCUGCCGAGGAGAGGGAACGUGCCAUAAAUCUGUAGCUGUUGCAUCUGCUAUCAUGACAGAUCAUCAGUCUUACAUCCUGGCGUCAGACAAAGACCUUCUGAAGUCCUUACAAGUGCUGCUAAAUCGCCUUGAAAUCCAAGUAAUUCACCCGGAAAACUUUCGUGGGUGUGAGGCGUCGGUCAUUGUCUCCCUGGAUGUGAAUGACGACUGGUUACUGGAGGUGAUCUCCCGCUCCAGGACUCAACUCAUCAUCAUUGACAACAUCCCUGGACAUGAAGAUCUCUGGAGAACCAUGACCGAAGAACAACUCGUGCAGACUUGGGAUGGGCCCUCGCCCGAGGACAUCGCAGCGAACCCAGGAAUCCUAUUUUCACUGGAUGAGAAAGAAAAUUUUCUCAAUGUAGGCGAAUAUUGUGUAUUGCCUGACCUUGUUGAGAAAUGCGCCUUCUACGUGUUCCAGGAGCCAACCUGGAAUGGCACAGGGGGCAGGAUCGGGGAGGAGGCUGUGGGCUUGCUUGAUCAGCACACCGGCGCCAUCCAAAAUCUCUCAAAAAUGUGGGAGGCCUUAAACAAAACUUUACCUUUACCUUCUUCAUCCUCCCCAUUUGCCGAGUGGGGAUAUGCAUGGGACGGAAACCCAGGGGAAGCGCCUGAAAUCGGUGAUGAGAGGAGAAGAGAAAUCAUCGAGUUGCUUGAACGGAAGGGCGUGAAGUGGGAGCCAAAGCACAGCCCACCAGUGGCCCUGGAUAUUCGGGGUAUAGGAGGAGGACUCCUAGAGUCCCUUACCCUUACUCUCACGGGAUCCCUCUUGCAUCUUCCUCUCCUAAAGAAGAGAAUGGAGAAAAACGAUGAGAGGAGUUCACCCGAGUUGAACGCGGCCGAGCCUAUGCCAAAUGGAGUGCAAUCAAAUCCGUCGGAUGCCCUUCUUCAUCAGAUCCAGUUGGCAGCGAACAUCAUCAUGAGACCCAUCAUCCUCAUUGGGGAAGUAUUGUCUCGAACCUUCUUCCCUCAAGUGGUGGGAGAUGGGGAGAAGGACUGGCGGGGUAUCCUGCUUUUCGUCCAGGAAAACCCUCAGCUCACCAUCAUCCCUAUUGUGCCUCAUCGAAUGAGUGGGGAUGUGUGGAUGGAGAUGGAGGAGUUACCCAAGGCGCACGGUGAGGACCAGCCACACUCCUCAAGAAAAAGGAUCCCAUUUCGAGGGAAGGUGAAAGUGACAUGGAAGAGGCACACUGCAACCAUAUUG